CGCCGCCUCAGCCCCAGCCCCGGGCCGCCGCCGCCCCAGCCGCCCGCGCCGCCCGGAGGUCCCGCGUGGAGCCGCCGCCGCCGAGGAUGAAGGACAAACAGAAGAGGAAGAAGGAGCGCACGUGGGCCGAGGCCGCGCGCCUGGUACUAGAGAACUACUCGGACGCUCCAAUGACGCCAAAACAGAUUCUGCAGGUCAUAGAGGCAGAAGGACUAAAGGAAAUGAGCGGGACGUCCCCUCUUGCGUGUCUCAAUGCCAUGCUGCAUUCCAAUUCAAGAGGAGGCGAAGGACUGUUUUAUAAACUGCCUGGCCGAAUUAGCCUUUUCACACUAAAGAAGGAUGCCUUGCAGUGGUCUCGCAAUGCAGCUGCUGUGGAAGGAGAAGAGCCAGAGGACACAGCUGAUGUGGAGAGCUGUGGGUCUAAUGAAGCCAGUGCUGUGAGUGGUGAUAAUGACGUAUCUCUCGAUGAAACAUCUUCAAAUGCGUCCUGUUCUGCAGAGUCUCAGAGUCGGCCUCUUUCUAAUCCCAGAGAUAGCUACAGAGCUUCCUCACAGGCUAACAAGCAAAAGAAAAAGACGGGGGUGAUGCUGCCUCGCGUUGUCCUUACUCCUCUGAAGGUAAACGGGGCCCACGUGGAAUCGGCCUCAGGGUUCUCAGGCCGCCACGCCGAUGGCGAGAGCGGCAGCCCGUCCAGCAGCAGCAGCGGCUCUCUGGCCCUGGGCAGCGCUGCUAUUCGUGGCCAGGCCGAGGUCACCCGGGACCCUGCCCCGCUCCUGAGAGGCUUCCGGAAGCCAGCCACAGGUCAGAUGAAGCGCAACCGAGGGGAAGAGAUAGAUUUUGAGACACCUGGGUCCAUUCUUGUCAACACCAACCUCCGGGCCCUGAUAAAUUCGCGGACCUUCCAUGCCCUGCCUUCCCAUUUCCAGCAGCAGCUUCUGUUCCUUCUGCCUGAGGUGGACAGACAGGUGGGGACAGAUGGCCUGUUGCGUCUCAGUAGCAGUGCGCUGAAUAAUGAGUUUUUCACCCAUGCAGCUCAGAGCUGGCGAGAACGCUUGGCUGAUGGUGAAUUUACUCAUGAGAUGCAAGUAAGGAUACGACAGGAAAUGGAGAAGGAAAAGAAGGUGGAGCAAUGGAAAGAAAAGUUCUUUGAAGACUACUAUGGACAGAAAUUGGGGCUGACCAAAGAAGAGUCAUUGCAGCAGCAUGUGGGCCAGGAGGAUACUGAGAUCAAGAGUGAUUUGCAUAUCCCUGGAGAAUCAGCACGGCCACAGCGCGGACCAGCCACCCGGCAGCGAGAUGGGCAUUUCAAGAAACGCUCUCGGCCAGAUCUUCGGACCAGAACCAGAAGGAAUCUGUAUAAAAAGCAGGAGCCAGAACAAGCAGGGGUUGCGAAAGACACACAGUGUCUGGUACCAGCCGCGCCCCUCUACAAGGAUGGAGAGACUAAAACUGACUCGGCCGGUUCGAGCAGUCCCCACCUGCCUGAUGCAUCCUCUGCAGUACCCAAACCAGAGGGAUCCGAAUUUCCUGCCAAACCUGUGGCUUCCUGGAUCCAGACCAAUUCGGACGACCUGGUGCGCGCAGCCUCUGCGACUCUGGACAGAAUUCCCAGCUUGCCUCAGGAGACGGUGGAUCAGGAGCCCAAGGAUCAGAAGAGGAAGUCCUUUGAGCAGGCAGCCUCUGCGUCCUUUCCCGAAAAGAAGCCCCGGCUUGAAGAUCGUCAGUCCUUUCGUAACACAAUUGAAAGUGUUCACCCCGAAAAGCCACAGCCCACCAAAGAGGAGCCCAAAGUCCCGCCCAUCCGGAUUCAACUUUCACGUAUCAAACCACCCUGGGUGGUUAAAGGUCAGCCCGCUUACCAGAUAUGCCCCCGAAUUGUCCCCGUCACAGAGUCUUCCUGCAGGGGCUGGACAGGGGCCAGGACCCUCGCAGACAUUAAAGCCCGUGCUCUGCAGGUCCGAGGGGCGAGAGGCCACCACUGCCGAGAGGCGGCCACCACUGCCAUCGGAGGGGGGGGUGGCCCGGGUGGAGGUGGCGGCGGGCCCACCGACGAGGGAGGUGGCAGAGACAGCGGUGGUGAUGGUGGUGAGACCUGUGGCCACCCUGAGCCUGGGGGAGGCCCGAGCCCCCCUGGAGAGUGUGCGCCAGAUCUACAGCGAACACAACUACUGCCGCCUUGUCCUCUGAGCGGGGCAUGCACUCAGGCCCGAGCUGCCGUCUCCAGAGCCGAGGAGGAGGGCCAGGCUCCUCUCCGAACAGAGGAGAGCUGUGUGCUGCAGAGGGGUCCUGAGGGCCUGGCGAGCGGGUUGGAAGAGGUCUCCCAGCUCCCCAUUGCUCCGACCGGGGACCAGCCAUGCCAGGCUUUGCCCCUAAUGUCCUCGAAAACCUCAGCCCCUGAGCGAGGAGCUGAGCAGCCGCCGUUGAGUUUAGAUGUGAGAACUGAGUGUGGGUCUGGUGACACUCCUUGGGGAAAGGAUGAUGAUCAAGAACCUCCUGAUUCCCCGGAGAGAAGUCUUGCUCCACCUGCCGAGGGGGGCGUGAUGUUAGAGGAAGCGGGCCCUGCUCUGGACGAGAGCUGUCUCCCUGUGGGGAAGGAGUCUGAGACCUCCACUUCCGCCUCUGGGGCGUCAUUGGCUGGUUGCCUGCAGGACAGACAAGUUGAUGACGAGUUAGGACUUGGUGACUCAUGCCCACCCACGAGGGAAAGUGCUACUAGACGAGAAAACUUGAAACCUGAGGAUCUCUUCUCCGCUGGUGCUGCUCCUUGGAUGCCGGGCCUGUCAGGCGACAGGGCGGUGGGACAGCCUCCACCCCCCUGUGGAGAAAACCUCUCAUCUGUGGUGCCUCUGGUCAUAGAAGAGCAGGACAAGGCCGAGCCCCUCGCUCCUGCGCUGCCUUCGGGGCUGGCGACCCAGAAGGCUGCCGCUGUCCUUGACGGGUUUCCUCGGCUCUGGACAGUGCAGUCCAUGGAUGGUGCUGACGGCGCUGGCAGUGAGGACAAGCAGGCGGGAGUCGAAAGGCUUAAGAUCAGCCUUUCCCAGAACCCCGAAGCACUGAGUCCUCAUGGCGAGUCGACAGACACAGCCUCCGACUGUGACGGGCACCUCUCCGAGGACAGCAGUGACUCCAACCCUAGUGGAUCCCCGGGGGCAAAGGGCUCCCCGGUGGCAGACGAGGGUGAGAAUCAGGAUUGGGACCGAUCUGACUCACUGGCUAAGGUGAAAAGUGAUCCAGGUCUGGUUUCCCGGACUGAUGGGCUGGCUGCUCCUCAGAGCUGGGUGUCGCGUAUAUGUGCCAUGCCUCCCAGGAUCCCCGACUCCCUGCUCUUAGCCAGCACUGAGGACCAGCUGAGGCCCGUUUCCCGGGGCAGGCCGGGGUCCUCAGUGGAGGCCUCUAGUCCACUCGUGAUGCAGUUGCUGCAGGGCAGCCUGCCCUUAGAGAAGGUUCUUCCUCCAGUCCAUGCUGGCAGCAGUCCUGAAUCCCCACAACUCAAACUCAGAAAAGAGCAGGGCUCCCUGGAAUUGGGGUCUUUGCGGGAUCCCAAGGAAACUAGCUGUGAAGUUGACAGGAGUGGCCCCGGUUCUCUCAGAGCUCCGCAGGCGCCUCUUGUACCUGAGAGCUGCGAAGCGGGUGCCGAGCUCGCUGAGCCAGAGGCCACCCGGGCUCCGCCAGCGCCCCAGAUGCCUCCUAAGACAGUCCCAAAUUUAGGCGCCCCGUACACAGUGACACAUCCAGCAACCGCCUCAGGGAGACUUGCAGUGGAUUCCAAAGAGCAGUUCCCUUCCUUUAGUUCAGAAGAUCAGGAGGACGCUCGGGACCCGGCCCAGUGCAGUGUUCCGAAUGCCGCCCCAAGCAAAAGUCCAGGCUCUCUUACUACCUCGACAGCUCCUCGUCUCUCAUCUCCACAUGUCAUGUCAGAUCCUGGUCAGACAGCUGGGCCCCUGCGUGAGCACAGCAGUGCUGGAGGCCAAGGGAAGAAGCUCUUCGGCUCUCGGAGCGUGUCUGCAGCCCUUCAGUGUCCCCGGCCCCCGGAGCCUGCGCUGCUCCCCUCUGAUGCCCCCGGCAGGAAGUUGGGGCCGAGCAAAAACCCUGCAUCUGGUGGGGUACAGACUGCCAGGGAGGAGCGGGCGCCGAAGCCACCACCUGCCUCUGUUAACAGCAUCAAAAGUGAGAAGACUUUCGUGGGGGGCCUCCUCAAGGCGAAUGCAGAGAACAGAAACGCUGCUGGGCCUGGCCCCCGGGAGCUGCUAGAUGACCUGCACGGGGUGCCCUUUGUCCUCGACCUCCCUUUCUGGAAAUUACCCCGAGAGCCUGGGAAAGGGCUCAGCCAGCCCUUAGAGCCUUCCUCCAUCCCCUCCCAGCUCAACAUCAAGCAGGCGUUUUAUGGGAAGCUUUCCAAAUUCCAGCUCAGUUCCACCAGCUUUAAUUACCCCUCCAGCUCUCCCACCUUUCCCAAAGGCCUUGCCGGGAGUGUGGUACAGCUGAGCCACAAAGCACACUUCGGGGCGAGCCACACUGCAUCCCUUUCCCUGCAGAUGUUCACCGACAGCAGCACAGUGGAGAGCAUCUCCCUCCAGUGUGCCUGCAGUCUGAAAGCCAUGAUCAUGUGCCAGGGCUGUGGUGCGUUCUGUCACGAUGACUGUAUUGGACCCUCAAAGCUCUGUGUAUUGUGCCUUGUGGUGAGAUAAUAAAUUAUGGCCAUGGGAAAAGUUGUAUAUUUAGUGUGUGUAUUUUGAUAAUGAUCACCCUUAAAGCUGUAUACAAAAUAUCAUUGAUCUAAAUGAGACCGUCUUUCUAGGCAAGAGCUCUCUUGCCGCACCUGAAAACUUAACAGUGCUCCAGCCCCUCUGUCACUUACCAAACCCCCUGGUCUCGCUGGAUGGGCUGCCCAUGGCCCUCCUGCUUGCCCAGCUCUCGCUCUCUCAGAGCCUGGUGUGAUGAGGGAGCCCACCCGGACUCAGAUGGACUUGACGCUGAAGCGAGACGGUUGUGUUCUCCCCCGAGGGCACAGACCUACCCGAACUGAGUAGACACGUUAGUCUUCCACUGCCCCCUCCCUGCCAUCAGCUUCCCGCUUCUCUGGCGAUCUGGCGGUUGGGGAAGAAGCCAGCACAGGGUUCCACCUCCCAGCAGAGCCCACAGGGCUGAAGCGCUCGCUGACCUCAGGGUCACAGUUUGGUCACUGGCCAGUUCACGGAACCAGUCUGACGUUUGGUUCUGUUGCUGCAGCAAAUUCGGAGCUUAACAGUUUCAGUACAAUCCAUUGGCCGACAGGAGCUUUUGGGACCUUGAAUAGACCUGCUAACCCGUCUCCAGGGAAUGCCAUUUGCAGACCACGAGUCAGCUACCCAAACGGCAGGUGGAUUCUGCUCGACACCCUUCCCGUCACUUUGGACUCUCAUCAGAGUGGGCAUCUCCAUACGCCUGUGUAUGUGAAAGUCAUUUUACAUUUCAGAACAGUGUGUGUUUCUUAUUUUUAUAUUUUUAACUCUUUAUCCUUGGAUGUAUAAAGUGAACUUUUGGGCUUCUGUAAGUAUGCUCUAUGCACCUCUAAUGUUUUAUCAUGUAUUUAUAUGUUGUACACAGUACUGGCCAAUUCUGUAAAUGGAUGUAUUGUACAGAGAACACGACCGUCUCCCUCCGUUUA